AUGUGGUUUCUUUACUUUCUCCUUUGGCAAGUACUGUCAGUUGCCUGCUUGUCUAGCGAUACCUCUACGGCCAGCGAGAUUGUUCUGUUUCCGUUUCCUGAAGAUUCCCCCAUCGAGGUUCAAAGUUCGACUGGCAGCGUAGAGUCCGACUCCCCUUGGUCUGAGAGUCCCUUUACGAAAGUAUGGAGUGAUGACCAGGAUAGGGAUGAGGAAUCUACGACCGGCAAUUUCUUUGGCUUCAUUUCGACGAUCAGUCUCGCUCCGCAGACGUCUUUGGAGGAUGCUUGGUCUACGGAGACGGUGACCCAUGAGGAUGAGACGGCCUUUCCCACGGUGACGUUGGUGGACGAGGAUGAGACGAAUUCACUCGGGAGAGAGACCGCCAAUGAAACCAAUGCCGAGACGACGUUCGAGAUACCGACUCUGGAACUACCAUCGGUAUCAAGUUCGUCGCCUGGUUCAGGCACCUCGUUCACGACACUUCCGCGGGCCACGACAACCGCGGAGGAGUCGCCAACCCCAGAGCCAUCAAUCAUGAUGCCUACGACUUCUCCUGGUCUCUCGCCAAGCCAACUCAUCGGCGUUGUCGUAGGCACCAUAGCCUCUCUGGUGGUUGUCAUAGUGGUCAUCCUCCUCUUCCUGCUGUACCACCGUCGCAAACACCGGGCAGCAUCACGCCGGCCAACGAUCCGCCUCGUCGGUGGACCGGACCCCGAUCCGACGGCACGGGGCUCGCAGAUAUACCUGCCCGUGAUGCAGCGGCAGGUCGUUGACAGCAGAGAUCUGUUGGCCGGAGGUGUUCGGAGAAGUGGGUCCCCGUCUCGGCGCUCCGACCGGACCGUCUCGGAGCUGUCACCCAGCGAGGCGGCUGAAGGCAGGGGCACGAUCGAUGGAAUAGUUGAUGGGUAUACUUCCAGUGUUUAUAGUCAACCGAGUGAGCGUGGGGAGUCUCGGGGUGGUGCCAGGAGUUAUGCAGAUUUUAGUCAUUGA